AUGGAAAAAAAUUUGGCCAAGCACGUUCUGGCAAAGAAUAGUUGGGAGAGCAACCUCGUGGCCGACAUUUCGAAAGUCGACCAUCUCGAAGGGGACAAGGGCAGGGGACUGUUUCUCAAAAGUCCCGAUAAUUUACGGUCCCGUAAAGCUGUUGUUGUUUACAUGCAAGAUAGAGGUUUCUAUAGUUUUGCAUCUAACAUAAUAAAACGAUAAGUUAAUGAAAAAAAAAAACUGAGUUGUUUGCAAGCCAGGACGCGCGCUCUUAUUCUUUAUAUUUCGAUUUCAAUAUUUGAUUCUGGGUCCGAAAAGUUACCGGGAAUUUCGAGAAACGGGCCCCGGGACACAACUGCGACUCUUGGAAGGGCUCCCAAUCUUCUCCGACCACUUUUACGUCUACGGCCAUCUUCCAAAAGAAGAGGUUGUGUCGGUAGGAAAUCGCUUGCAUUGCAGCUCGGGUGAAAACGGCGUCACAAAACGAAUAGUGUCACGCAUUUCCAACCUUGUGCGAGAAACACUUGGAAGCACCUACAAAAACACUUAG